ACUCUGCUUCUUUGGAUUCAAUCAGAGGAACAACCCCGUUCACCUCUCAUAAUUGAGCAGUCCGUGCGCAUUAGCCUCAGCCUUGCUGCGGAGGCUACUCGCAGCCUGAGGAGAUGAAGAUGAAGCUUGAGCACCUUUUGAGUGCACAGGAAAAGGACACGGGAUGACAAUUUGCAGUUGUGGUUGUACUCGGUGCCGCGUCGACACGGACAGAGCCGCAGAUGCCGCCGAGCGUCGGGAGGAGGACAGAGCAGGACGACUCGCAGCGUCGGAGAAGGCGCUGAUCCACUUUACUCUUUACUAGGAGCUCACAGCAAAGUCAGGAGCGAGGCUUCCUCCGUAGCGCAUGAAGGCGGAUCCACGUCUCACCUGAAGUGUCCCUUACUUUACCUGACGGACUUGAAGGCGCCUUGGCUGCGACCACGCACAUUGUUAACGCCCGUGGAAGUGGGCGAAGGCCAUCAUCAUCAUCCCACUGACAGGCGCCUGCGCUGCGGUCAGUCAUGGAGGUCUGCUCGACUUGGAGGGAACUUACUUUGCUGUCCCUCAGCUUCCUGUGCGCGCUCUCAGGUGUUUUGGCCCAGACGCAGACGAGUGUGAAUGUGAUCCAGGGGGACGCAGUGACGCUGAAGGCCUUCUACAGUCAGAGCACUGACCUAAAGUCCACCACCGUUUUGUGGUCAAACAUCAACAACAGCCAGCCGAUCAUCUCCUACGCUCAAGGCUUCGUGACGGUGGAGACCUCCCCGUACACGGGCCGGGUGGCGUUCACUCACCCCAUGCCCUCGCAGAACGUGUCGCUGUCCAUCAACAACACGCAGGAGUCGGACUCGGGCCGCUACACCUGCGUGGUCCUCAUGCCCCUGAAGCCCGCCUUCACCGCCGUCUUCAACGUGGACGUGAGGGUUCCGCCGGCUGCUCCCCGGUGCUCUCUGUCUGGGAAGCCGGUGCUGAAGGGGAACGUGACGCUCAGCUGCUCGUCCAGCAGCGGGAAGCCGCUUCCUCUGUACAAGUGGGUGAAAACCAGUCCCAACCAGGAAGUGUUCUUCUCACCGAUGCUGGAUGAGAAGACUGGCACUCUGAGGCUGAGCAACCUGAGCAGCAGCAUGACUGGGAAGUACACGUGCACGGCCAGGAACGACGCCGGCCUGAAGGAGUGCUUCAUCAACCUGGAGAUCCUCAGCUCCUCCAACGCGGGCAUGGUCGCGGGCGCCACCGUGGGCUCGCUGCUCGGCUUCGUCCUCCUCCUCCUCGUCUGCGUGUUCUUCCUGCUCAAGAGGCGUCGAGACGGCGAGGACGACAUGGCCAAUGACAUCAAGGAGGACGCCCAGGCUCCCAAGCGUGUGUCCUGGGCCAAGAGCGGCAUGGGUCCAGACGUGAUCUCCAAGAACGGCACCCUGUCGUCCAUCGGCUCCAGCCCGUUCCACAAGGAGCCGUCCCUCCACCGGCACCUGCAGCACUACCCCCAGCGCCCGCCCUCCGACACCGCCUCCAUCAUCACCGCCACCGGCAGCACCGCUGGCUACCGGCCGCCCCGCCAUCAUGGGGCCUCCACCCCCACCCACUACGCCUACAACAACAGCAGCACCCUGCCUCACCACGGGGGGCAGCCCACGUCGUCCCAGGCCAGCACCGACGGGAGCACGCUGCCCAGGCCGGAGCGCUACGCCCAGCUGCCCCAGGCCCAGCUGCCCCAGGCCCAGCUGCCCCAGGCCCAGCUGCCCCAGGCCCAGCUGCCCCAGGCCCAGCUUCAGGCCCAGCUGCCCCAGGCCCAGCUUCAGGCCCAGCUUCAUGCCCAGCUUCAGGCCUACAGCCCGCCUCAGGCCGCUGCGCCCCCCCCGCCCGUGCCCACCUCCACUGUAACUGCCUCCAACAUCGCCCGCAUGGGCGGCGUGCCCAUCAUGGUGCCUGCACAGAACCAGGCUGGGUCUCUGGUCUAACGGCGGUCGGUCAAACACGUGCUGUAGAGCUGCUCUCCACAAGAUGCAGCUGCUGGGUUUAAACACGAACACUUAAAUACUAAGCAGAAAAAUGCAGUAGAUGCAAAAGUCAGUCAGUCGUGCUUUUGCACAUAGACUUGCUUCAAUUGUAUUAAGAUCUUUUAUAUCCUGUACAAACUGUUCAGUGCAAAAAUAUGUAAAGAUAUAAUUUUCAUACCUUGGUCCAUUAACCUCUUUUCUACUUUAUCAAUGCAUUUAUUACACUUUUUUAAAAUAUUGCUUUUAAAUUUUAUUUCUUUCAUUCUUUUUUUCUCCUUAUUUUACAAAAUGAGAAAGGGAACAGUUAAUAUAUGUUCACACAAUCUUUAUGUUUCUGCAGAUCUGACAGAUGAAUAUUCUGCUCAGUGUGUUACAGUACAUCCACUCAAAAGAAGGCUCAGGCCCUUCAGCAGCUGCUCAGAGGUGAGAAGCUGAGCAUAAUCAAUGAAUAUCUAUGCAUUAAUAAGUGUCAUAACACUUAUGGACAAGAUAUUACAACAUCUUAUACAUUACUAAGGCAGUGUAAAAGUUUGCCUUUUUUAAGAAUCCUAAUCUUUUUUUUGGGGGGGGGGGCUUAAUUUUACAUCAGUGGUUCAGCUUCUGACACAAUACUUUAAAUACAGAUUAGUCAAAGCUUCUUACUGUAUAAUUCUGUUGUGAGCUGCAGUUAAAACACAAGUCCACACUUGAGUUGUAAUAUUUUCAAGUGGAAUUGUAGAUAUGAUAUUUAUUUUGGUUAAACAUAGAAUAUUUUGGCGCUGGAACAGGUGAUAGGGCAGAAGUUCCCUUGCAACACUGGAUUCUCAAGCACAAACGUGGAUGUAUUGAGUCAUUAUUGAUGAAUAAUGAAGACAGUUGGUGAUUUGCUGUAAAACGUCUUCAGAGGCUUUUCUGAUUUGGGGUCGAAGAGAAUUUGUACCAAGGGACUCGCAGGAUAAAGUAAUGUUUGAAAGCAGCUGUAGCUAAAUAAAACUGGUUUGGUUUCAAUAAUAACCAGAAAACCAAAAGAAACGACCAAAAAAUAUUUCUCCCAAAGAACAACUGUAGUUUUAGGGAAAAAACAAGGCAUUCGUACGUUUUAAAUUCUGUUGAAAGUUCAAAAUAAAGGAAGCUGCCCUUUAACACUACAAGCUUCAGACGCACACGCUCACAAAUUGAACAUUUUACCUGAAUAAUGGAAGAAAGUACGUUGUUUUCUUUACCCAAUUUCCUUUUGAAAUUUUAAUUGCUUAUUUUGUCAACGUCGCUCAAAUGCCUAUUAAAAUGAUUCAAAUGUCAUAAAAAAUAAAGAUGUAUGUGUAUAAUCUGUAGUUGUUACACUGGAGCAUACGUUUAGCUGUGUUUGCACAGAGACGGUAACAUUCAGUAGAAACGGAUGAAACAGCUGGAAAUAAAUGGAACUGUUUGAAGAAAAGCUUCUCAUGAUGAAGUUAUGAUGUUUGUCUCCAGGUGGAAACGGGCAGCGACUAAGUGGUGUGUGUAUGUGGAGCGGUUGGUUCUGUUGUUUUUGUAUGGAUCAAUUUCUGUACAAUAAAGCAAAAGCUCAUGUUCAUCUUUAUUGA